AUGCUCUCAGAAGCUAACGCCAAGUUGACCCCCUACGAGAAGAAGUACGUGUGGAAGCUGCUCUACAUCUUCAUGCUCGGCUAUGACGUCGACUUCGGUCACAUGGAGGCCGUCUCCCUCAUCUCCGCCCCCAAAUACGCAGAAAAACAGGUGCUCUCCCCGCUCUCCCCCUUUUCCGCGCCCAAAUACGCCGAGAAAAAGGUGGGUUACAUGGUGACGUCAUGUCUGCUGAACGAGAACAACGACUUUCUACGCCUCGUCAUCAACUCCGUCAGGAAUGACAUCAUCGGCCGCAACGAGACCUUUCAGUGCCUCGCCCUCACCAUGGUAUGCCUCGCCCUCACCAUGGUAUGCCUCGCCCUCACCAUGGUAUGCCUCGCCCUCACCAUGGUAUGCCUCGCCCUCACCAUGGUAUGCCUCGCCCUCACCAUGGUAUGCCUCGCCCUCACCAUGGUAUGCCUCGCCCUCACCAUGGUAUGCCUCGCCCUCACCAUGGUGUGCCUCGCCCUCACCAUGGUAUGCCUCGCCCUCACCAUGGUAUGCCUCGCCCUCACCAUGGUAUGCCUCGCCCUCACCAUGGUAUGCCUCGCCCUCACCAUGGUAUGCCUCGCCCUCACCAUGGUAUGCCUCGCCCUCACCAUGGUAUGCCUCGCCCUCACCAUGGUAUGCCUCGCCCUCACCAUGGUAUGCCUCGCCCUCACCAUGGUAUGCCUCGCCCUCACCAUGGUAUGCCUCGCCCUCACCAUGGUAUGCCUCGCCCUCACCAUGGUAUGCCUCGCCCUCACCAUGGUAUGCCUCGCCCUCACCAUGGUAUGCCUCGCCCUCACCAUGGUAUGCCUCGCCCUCACCAUGGUAUGCCUCGCCCUCACCAUGGUACUGCUUGCCUCCGCUCGCUUCUUUAUCUCCGCGUAUUUCACACUAAGCUCUACACCCUCCACCCAGCUCUCCUCCGCUCCCCCCUCCACCCCUGCCACCCUCCCUCCCUCCCCCGCCUUCCCCUGCCACCUCCUCCCCUUUCCUCAACCUCUGCCUUCCUCCCUGCUUUCCCCCCCUCCCUCCCCCUCCCCCCUUUCCCUGCCGUGGCAGGUGGGCAACAUCGGGGGGGAGGAGUUCUCAGAGUCCGUCGCCCCUGACGUGCAGAAGCUGCUGGUACGCCGGGGAGGGAAGAGGGGAGGGGGGGGGAGUGGGCGGGAAGCUGCUGGUAGGGAGGGAAGGGGAGGAGGAGGGGGGAUGAGGAUGCGGUUGGCCAGGAUGGGAUGGUGGGGCUGGGGCAAGUGGGGGAGCAAGGAUGGGGCGGGAUGGGAUGAUGCUGGGGCAGGGGUGGUGAGGGAGGGUGCAAGUUCAGAUUCAUCCCCCCACCCCCCCCCUCCCUCAUCUCCAAUCCGGCUUGCUGGGCUUGCCCCCCUCCGCUCACUGGCAGCUGUCGAGCUCAGCGCGGCCGCUGGUGAAGAAAAAAGCAUCGCUCUGUCGAGCUCAGCGCGGCCGCUGGAGAAGAAGAAAGCAGCGCUGUGCCUGCUGAGGCUCUUCCGCAAGAAUCCCGACAUCAUCAGCACUGACACUUGGGUGGGAGGAGGGGAGGUGAUUGCUGCUGCUGCUGCUGUUGCGGCUGCCCCUGCUGCGGCGGCUGCUGCUGCUGCUGCUGCUGCUGCUGCUGCUGCUGCUGCUGCUGCUGCCCCUGCUGCAGCGGCUGCUGCUGCUGCUGCUGCUGCUGCUGCUGCUGCCCCUGCUGCUGCCCCUGCUGCAGCGGCUGCUGCUGCUGCUGCCCCUGCUGCUGCCCCUGCUGCAGCGGCUGCUGCUGCUGCUGCUGCUGCCCCUGCUGCGGCGGCUGCUGCUGCUGUUGCUGCUGCUGGGGUGGAGGUCCCCAUGGGGGCUGCUGCAGCUGCUGCUGCUGCUGCUGCGGUGGCUGCUGCUGGAACAGGGACCGCCCUGACUGGGGGUGCCGUGCUCAUCCCCGGUGGAGCCACCACGGCUGCUUGCGCUGCUGCUUCCUUGACCGCUGCCUCCCUUGCCCCCACCUCCCCCUUUGCCGUUGCCUUUGCCCUGCUUGCGGGGCUGGGUAGCGUUGAGAGAGGAGGAGGAAGGUUGGGAGGAGGCGAGGUUGACUAUAGGGGUGCGAAGUUUGACUUCGGUAUCGAUGAUCCACUGUUCAACAGAAGCGAGAUCGGCCAUGGGAUUGGCCUCGGUAAAGGCGUGAAGGCGGGAUUCAUAGGCUGGGGUGAGGUUGAAGAGGAGGCGAUGGAUUUGGAGGGGUUCGGAGAGGCCGGCUUGGCGGGCGUCGAGGCGAUCGGCUACCUCUCGCAUGCGGCCGACAUAGUCUACAGCUCCGUCACAAGUGGCGAGGGCACGGCGACGCAUAAUGAAAUCUGCAUCUGCGGUAGCUUGGUCGGCGGCGGCCUGGAGGUCGGGCUCAAGGGGAGGAUCGCCAGGAGGGGGAGGGAGAGGAGGGCCCUCGCCGGGGUGGUCAGGUUCGGUGGGGGGGAGGGCAUGGGGGCGGCGGAGGAUUACGUCAAGGACGCGGUAGGGGGAGACCCAUGCGUCGUUGAGGACUCGGCGGAUGCUGCCGACAAACGAAUGCCAGUUAAUGGCAGAUUUGUCAGCUGCAAGCUGCAGUUUGUCAAUGGAGGAAGUAUCGAAAGGAGGAGGGAGGGGGGAGGGGGAGGGCAUGGGGUAAGCCAUGAGGGACGGCUGCGGGUGGACCCGCAGUGGUCACAGAAGCGCGCAGGCGGCGGCAGCUGGCGGGGCUGCUGUGGCGUAGAGGAAUGGCGCGGGCGGCGGCGGCUGGCGAGGCCGCGGCUUUCGCAGGCGCGGAGGCGGCGACGAGGCCGCGGAGCGGCGCGAGGUGGCGGCGGCUGGCGAGGCCGCGGCGGACGCAGGCGCGGAGGCGGCGACGAGGCCGCGGAGGGGAGCGGCGCGGGCGGCGGCGACUGGCGAGGCCGCGGUGACGCGGGCGCGGAGGCGGCUACGAGGCCGCGGAGGAGGAAUGGCGUGGGCGACGGCGGCUGGCGGGGCCGCAGCGACGGCAGGCGCGGAGGCGGCUACGAGGCCGCGGAGCGGCGCGAGGUGGCGGCGGCUUACGAGGCCGCGGCGAGCGCAGGCGCGGAGGCGGCGACGAGGUCGCGAAGGGGAGCAGCGCGGGCGGCGGCGGCUGGCGAGGACGUGGCGACGCGGGCGCGGAGGCGACGACGGGGUCGCGGAGGUGGGGGGGGGGGGGGGGGGGGGGGUGGGAAGGCGCGGGCGACGGCGGCUGGUGAGGCCGCGGCGGCGGCAGGCGCGGAGGCGGCGACGAGGCCGCGGAGCGGCGCGAGGUGGCGGCGGCUCGCGAGGCCGCGGCGAACGCAGGCGCGGAGGCGGCGAGGAGGCCGCGGAGGAGAGUGGCGCAGGCGGCGGCGGCUGGCGAGGCCGUAG